AUGCCCUUUCCUCUAGGCUCUCCCAGAAGGGCAUUUGCGGGUAGGCCGGUCUUGUUACAACUGAUUUGGUGUCUCUAUUAACAUAUUGUACUGAAGUUCAAUCUCAGGACGAACAACUUGAGCGACCAAAGCAGCUUAUCGGCCUCUCAGAACUAGACACCGGGGGGAAAGCAUUUCGAUAUCUCGAUUUCGCAGAAGGUGGAGCAAACGCCGCCCUCAACAAAUGGGGCCAAUUUUUGCAGUUUAGUAGGUUAGUUACAGGGGGUGGUGACCCUAGUAGUUGGAAUUAUGUCUCGGUGGAGCCGCGAAAUAUCUUCCGACUCGAACAUAUCGCACCGGCGCAGACAUCAUGCGAAAAAGAACAGGGGGAGGACGACGAUGAGGAAGUGAGGGAGAGAGCUUCAGAAAGUGAAAGGAGAGCCCAAGGCUGGGAGCCGGAUAACCCGGAAUGGAAGCCCAGUGUAUACUACUAUAGCGAUUACCCUGCGUAUCCGCGAAGACACGAUAAAUUUAAUGCACUUUGCAUGCGGAAUCGGGGACUUGGUCUUAGGUUCUCAGAUAAUACUGAGAUGUCGGAGCCCGAACACUACUACAGGAACGACAGAUGGCCGGAGAUAUGCUAUAUAGUUGAGAGGAAAGUCAAGGUUGUCGUGCGGCAUUAUAUCCAGGAUGGCGAGAUUAUUCAAGACAUGUGCUUGACUUCAGAAUCUGACGAGGAAACCGAGCUCAAUCUGGAAUUCGAGUUCACUACUGGAGUCCGAAUAGCCCCUGGAAACAUGAGCCAACUAAAGGAGGGGAACGUGGGUAUUCCCGACCAUUUUCUGCAGCGGGUGUCAGAGGGAGAAGCUCCGGGGUCCCACUGGAAGAUCCGACACGGCGAUUAUUACGCGACAGCAAGCUUAUUCAAAGAUGGUGAACCGAAGCCCUUUAGCCUCCUGGUGGACGGCGAACAGGGAAACAAGGUUGAAUGUCGCAUUGACAUUCUUUCGGACGAGACACUAAGACAUCGCGAGACUUUCGUAUUGAAAUCGAAGGCAAGCGUGAAAUUUACCUCCAUAUUCAGAUUGGAUCACGAAAGCGUUCCCGUUACCCUGCCACACUAUUUCGAUAUAUCUCCUCGUUUAGAAUCAUUUGAUGGCCGGUGGUGGAGUUUCAGGACUGAAUCCUCGUCGUUUAUUUUCAGACGGAAUCUUGAGACCAUACUCUCCCAUGCUAUACCGCUUCCUCGGGUCAAAGACGAAUGCUAUCAACCCUAUGUAUUGCACGACCAUGACCUAAUCAAUACAUUUCAGACAUGGAGUAGUUCUUUGUAAGCGGCCAAAAGCACACCUCUUAUUAAUCGACUUGUAAAGAGCCUAACAAGGUGCAGAAACCAAGCUUUUUACCUCCUCGAAAUCGAUAAGAUACUGCAACAACCGGGUACGGCGGACGGGGAAACGAAGUCGCAUUACCGAAAGAGGAUUCGAAACGUAAUUUUCGGAUACUUUGUUUGGCUACUACGACAUGCCGAGCGAAACGGGUUUCCAGAGACUAUUCUUUUACAUUGGUCUGGGAAGUUUGUACUUCCCGCGAAGGGGGAUGAGAAUGGUGAUGUCGUAAUAGAGGUAACCAAAGCGGCCGAAGAGCCCCCUUGUCCCCGCCCUAUGAGCUCUUUCGAGCCAAAGCUAUCUAAGUACGAAGAUAAGUUCAGGAAUUGUUGCCAAUUCCUUGUUUUGUUGGAUAUGUGCUCGACCAACUACCCGGAUGAAGUGAUUAUGUUCACUCGAAUGGUGAAUGGUUUCCUAAAGCUAGCUUGGGAGCCGAUCGAGAUGAGCAAGCAUCGAGGAUCUCAUCUAUGGCCAGAUCGGUUAGAUAUCCUGGAGGGGUUCCCAUCGUCGUAUGCGCGAUUCCAGGACUGGCGAGAUUAUGAGAAUUGUGGCUAUGGUGGACAGGGUAUCUAUGUCUAUGUUAUCACGACGCAAGUGCUUGUCUGGCGGGCCGUUAAAUCUGCGAAGAGGCUACUCAACCUGGUUUCCGACGACCAGGACUGGAGUGAAUGGAUGAUUGGCCAAAGUUUAGACGACAAGGAAAUUAGAGAUCGGACAAUAGAGGCAUUCCGCUGCCUUGGCACCGGCACAAGUCAUGAUUAUUCCCCAGACCGUUUUUUCGCAAAAAUCAAAGGACAUAUUAGGGAAUCCUUUCUGGAUCAAUGGAGUUGCGAUAUCGCCAUUCCCUCAUUUGUGGAGGAUUUCUUCUUCGACGACAAGAAUGAGCCAAUGCCUGCUUGGACAGAGACACUCAGAUACUACGAUACUUUCAGCGACUGUGCCGGGACACAAAUGCCGAACACCUGGGAAUACUUUAUGCGCUACCAGUUCACGAUUGACAGGGAUCGCCGUGAGGCGUUACGUGAGAAUUUUGAGGCAAGAGCUUACGCAGUGGGGCUUUUUACUAAUGGCGCAGUUACCCAUAGUUCUCAUUGCCCUUACACCACAUCUUGGGCAAUGGUCACAUAUGCUCUCAGUGCGGAUCAUACUGAAUUGCUGUAUCCUAAAUUCAGGGUUCCAAUGUAAGCUAAACCACCUGGCUACGUGACGAAUGAUUAUAGGGUUUUUAACCACGAACUAAUGUUUUCAACUAAAGAAAUAUGGAUUAUAAUCCCCGUGCCAACUGGGCACAGGGGCCCAUGCUCCUGCAGGAAGGCAUAAUGGACGCCGGUAUUAACCCUGGCACAACAAUUGGUGUUGGUGCUCGUCAGGAUGGAAGAAAGCCAGGAAAGAAGGGGAAGGGUGUCGACAUCACCGCCGAGGACCGUAGUCAGGUGAACGAUCCACCGUGUAAGUGGUUUUGAGGCACCCUAGGGAUGUUAUAUUUGUUCUGAUCGAAGCAGCGUAUGGCGACUGGUACUGGUUCAGAGAGCCUCUCUUUAUGAAGUACAAGGCGAAGAAGUUCGAAAUGAAUAAGGGAUACAUAGAAAAGUUUCUGAAACCGGAAGAUAAUUGGGGUUAUUUUUGGGAAACUAGUAAGGGGAAAGACAAAUUUUUGAAAAAUAUGGUGGAUACGCCGAACUAUGACUGGGGAAAUAAAAACACCUUGGUCAAACCAUAUCGAAAUGGAGAGUUUGGUUUCUUUCAGGGGAAUGAGGCAUUGCUCAAGUUGCAGGAACCGGUAUGAGAACCAAUCACUCACACCCCUUCCAGUAGCGAUAUCGAGUUACUGACGGGUUAGGAACAGAGGGAUCCCCAAAUGGAUAAAAAAAGAAUAUUGUUUGUACCAAUCUAUCUACCUUCGCCUACCUUUUGUAUGCAGGCCGGGAAACCAGCUAAUAGUGUGAUAUAGAGUCAUGGAGGAUUGCAAGAUCGAACAUCUAAUCACCCUAAUGGCCAGCAUAGAUUUUCAAGAAGCCGGCCAUAUAGGUGAAUUUCUCUCCCGGUUUCGCCUCAUGGAUCCUCACGAGAUGAGAUUUUUAGAACAGGUAUCUCAGCCCCUGCCCCCUCCACCAAACUCACUUAUAGUGCCUAAAAUCUUUGAAGACAAUCAUGCCAGACAAUCUCUGGAUUACAGAAUUCAAUAUAAAUUUCAUCACCGCCCCAUUUCUGGUUGAUGUGGAGUCGCCCCUCCCGCCAAACUACUUUUCGAAGAAACGUGCGAGGAUCCAGAGUAUCAACGACAUUGAGCCAACCCGCAUGAUGGCCGAAUCGGCCAUGGGUUUCCGCAUUAUCGGUGACCUGCACGACCGGUACUGGACAUGCUAUGUAUUUUACGACUUUGGAAGCGAAAAACUCGUCUCGGAUGCUAGGACUGAAGUGGAACGGAGUGAUUAUACUCGCUCUUCGAGUCAAAGAAAGUAUCUUGAGGGGUUUCUUGUGCGCCAGGCUCUCGAUCUGGUACUCUCGGAGACCGAGGCUGUCCUCCGUAUUAUCACUAAGUCUAUGGGGGGAGACAAGGUGGGUUUGCUGAUAGAAAAAGUGCCAACGGUGUUAUACAUUUGCUGAUGGAUUGCUUGUUUAAAGGAAAAAACACAAACACUUUUCAGUCCACUGCUCACGGAGGAUGACCUCAGUGGGGAGAACUACUUCAAAACCAUGAACAAGAAUAGUGUAUUCUAUCCCUGGCUGCUUGAAGUUUACGGCGCUCUGCGGGAUAAAUGCACUGAGAGCCGUAACGUUGCGGACUUAUGGAUGUCAGCAGAAAAGACACGAAAGUACAAGCCUCGGUGGUCCGAAAAGGACCAAAAAGGCUUUGGGGAAGAGGUUGCGAAGAAUCGAAUCGAGGUGAAGGCGCGUUGUAUUAAACUGGAGAAAACGGCGAAGAAUUUACAGGAGCGGAUCGACCGGAUCAAGACUCUCAAGGAAUCUGUGAGCAUCCCUCCACGGCUUGAUGGUAGUGUUGCGUGGGAAGAGGUGUGCUGACGAUGAGAUUAGCUGUCGAGCGAGCUAGGGCUUCGAGAAGCGAGAACUUCGACACAACUCGCACACACGGUGAACCUUUUUGCUGUCGUUACAACUAUUUAUUUGCCUUUAACGUUCUCUACCGUACGUCUCUGCCCCCCCCUCUCGUAAGCCGACGGUAAGAAAUAUUGAACUGGGGCCUAUAGAGUAUCGUGGCUAUACAAGACUUUCAUUGGCCAUCUCCUGCGAAAGCUCUCAUCAAAGUCACCCUCGCCGUCACCUUCGGCACCCUGAUCCUCCUGAUGAAUCUCGCCUUCCUCCGCCGCAGACUUGCAACCCUGAAAACCUGGGCCCAAGGCUUGAUACGCCAGAGGAUGGCCAGGGUCCCCGAGUCCAAAGGCCAUAGCGAGGAGCUCGUCUUCCAAGAAAAGCGCCCAGCGUGGAAAUACUGGAACGACCGUGCCCGCGGCCUCCGUGAAGCGGAAAAACGCAGCACGCUGCUCACGGACAAUGCCAUUCAUGAAAAUGAGAGUGACUGGUGGUACUGGUUCUUUAUGGCGAUAUUCAUCAUUAUCGUGGUUCCCGUACAAGAGCUGGCCUUCAUAAUCCGCACGUUCCGGCUGCAGAGGAUCAAGGGUGCUGGUCCCUUGAAGAAAUUGGUGAGGGUUCCCUGGGCCCCCAUAUGGAUUCUGCAAUUGGCGCUUGUGUACGUGAUUAUUCUCGCCGGUUAUGCCCUCCUCUUUUUGGUGGGAUUGGUGCAUCGCGCGGCUGUCUGGUUGUGGACCGGAGACGACAUCCCCGAGAGAGAAGAGGCCGCGCCGGAGGUGGAUGAGACGAGUUUGAUGUCUGAGCCGGAGGGGGAUGAGAAGAUUUCGUGCCCUGGGUCGGAUAGCAUGCGGGGAGAUGGGGGACUGGUAGGCUGGCUGAAGAAGCCGGCGAGGACUAUGCAGCUCCUCAUUGUUGCAGAGGCGCUCUCGUCCAAGAAGGAGAAAAAGGGGGAGGAAAUGGAUGUGGAAAGGCAGGGGACUGCUCCGUAG